AUGAUCUGCUCGUUUGUGCGGCCAACGUUGCUACCAUACGACCAGCUUUUUGACUUGGAGGGGUCUUGCCAGUUCGUGGCCGACUAUGUGCGCUACGAGCCUCUCUACGAUCCAUCCGUUUACGACGACGAGUACGACAGUACAGUGGAACAACUCCCGCAGCAAAUUGUCUCGCCCGCAACGGCGCUGGACUGGCAGGUUGGAAACUGUUUUGAAAUAUCCCUUGUGCUCAUAUCUCUUCUCAUUGGAGCCGGCUUCAAUGCUUACAUCGUCGUCGGCACCGCGACCAAGGCUGUUUGCUUGUCCGAUCAGAAGAGCACCAUGUGGGACGGUGAGCUGCCCAAGGAGGUCAACUCCGAUGAUGAAGUGGAGGAUGAUAUGCCCAAAAAUAACCCGUAUAUGGCCUUGAUUCCAGAGAAGCUGACGCUGCGGCUGACGACAGAUCCCGACCCAACACCGGUCAGCAGGAUGGACAGUGUCAUGAUGAAUCCGGAUAACUAUCCCAAGGUCACUGGCACCCCAAACGUGCGCGGCGGCACCGUCAAGCCGAUUCACUCCUGGGUGCUCGUUCUUCCUGGCGGCAGGCGGUGUGUCUCCAAGGCGGUCUUUGUGGAGCCGUCCACAGGGAAGCUGAUACCCUUCUCUGCCACCGACAAUCGGUACACCUCCGUUGAGGCGCUCUUCAACCACCAUGACUACUACGUGAAUAUGCGACCUGAGGCUCCUGUGAGCUCUCUCUCCCCCGACUUAGCCGACCGAAACCAGUGGGAAAGCCUUUUUUCGUAUGCGAAUCCUAGCGGCGACGAGGUGGAGGGCCUCGCGGGUACCUUAUCGGCAACGCGACGUGCGUUCACAAACGACCUGGCCGCGACCAUGACCACCGCCACAAUGAAUAUGACCGAGGCAUCUGACUCAAGGUGUCGGCGCAUGUACAUUCCCAAUUUGUGGUCGAACGAGCUGAUCCUGAGCCGGCAGCAGUACGAGAGUCGCUACCCCGGCGGAUACAAGGAGAUCAUGUACGUCAACGCCGUGGUGCGCAGCUACGCACCCUACUCGCAGAGCGACUAUCGAACUUUGGAGGUGGUAGUGCCAGACGCAGAGUACGCAGAGUUGCACGAGACACACGUCUUCUACGCCCACCGCGCCGACAAGCUCCGCCGCGCAACUGCCUCUCCCUCACCUACCCCACAGUCGCCUUCCAAGGAGUCCUCCAUCUUACCCAGCCACUCGUCACUAUCGCUGACGAAGGCGCCUACUGGUCCUCGCAGGAUGGUAAAGUGGUACGAGAAGGGCCGCAUGCACAACACGACAGUCGAAGGGCUGCGGGAGCUCAUCUACGAGCCUGGUAAGCAGCGUACCAUGAAAUUUUACUGGAGAGCGCGCAGCGACGGCCUGUACUGCCGCACGGAGCUGCUGUACGACGCGAAUACGGUACGUAAGGUGAAGGAGUUUUACAAGGGUCGUACCGACCGGCUGUGGUACCGCAGCUUCAGCUACGGCCGUCCGUCCACGAUGCGUGAGAAGAACAUGCACAGCCUCAUUGUGCACGGCUCUAAGAGCGGCUCAACAUUGCGCGAGUACCCACGACUGGACCCGGUGCGCGUCAGUCAGAAGUUUCAGCGAGAUGAGCGUGUGUCGGCAAGCAAGGACGUGGCCAAGACGACUUUCCUGCGUCCUGCGUCGGAGGGCAAAAGCGGCGGCAGCAACAACACCCCUUCGGUGGGGGAGAUGUGGGUCUUCUUUCAUUACGACGCGGGCAGCAUCCUCCGUCCAUAUCACAUGUUCGCAAAGCCGUCGUCCUCAGUGGAGGAGUACAUCGCCGCCUCCGCAGCGGGAAAGCCGGUAGAGCCGCCAGUGCGGGUGGUCUCGCUGCCCGGCGAGGGGCCGCCGAGCGAGCUCGACCUGUACAAUGAGCGCAAGUGGCUGAGCGCUGGGGAAGCGACAUGCUUGAUGGAGCACCGGGCGAAGUUGGAUGAGUGCAUGGACAUUCUCAAUACCAUCGAGCAGGACUACAAGGUGCAGCCUGUCAUCAGUGUGUACGACACGCUGCGCAACAGGCCAAAGGAAACGGAGGCGGAGCGGGCAAGAAAGCUUGCCGAGGCCGCCCGUCGUGAGGAGUCACGCAAGGACUACCUUGCCCCCUAUAUCGCCAAGCUCGAGAUGCCGGCUGACUUCGACGGCAACUAUCUCAGCGUCCGCUUAUCGGUGGUGCAGGCAAAGCAGGUGAGAGACGAGGCACUGCAGGAACUGAAGGAACGGCUUAUCCAGCGAGGUCACAUUAUGCAGAGUCGCAUGGACAAGGAAAAGGAGGAGUUCAACAAGCGGCAGCAGCUGUACCGCAAGAACUGCGAUGCAUCGGCGCUGGAGGGCGACAGGGACACUGAAGCCUUUGCCCUCUACUGCAAGGAGGCAACGUGGCGCAUGAAGGUGCUGGAUGACCGGCUGUUGCAGCACAUCGAUUAUGCGAGUGAAAAGUACAAUCAACUGGCUCGGCGACUCGCCGAAGACUCUCGUCUCUCCGCCUUGUACCACCCCAGCCACUAA